AUGAUUCCUUCACAACCAUUCGAAUGUAACAGCAAAAAUCCAUUCCCACCUUCUUCAAUUUUGUCAUCGACUAGUGCAAAGCCUCCCAUCUUGUCAUCAUUUCCUGGUUUCAUUCAUGUUCCAUAUUUUCCAACAACCAAUAACAACAAUAAGAGCAACACUAAAAACAUCACUGAAACUCUAUUUCAUGAGGAUUUAACGAUUCGUUGCAGUACCACUCCGAAUGUGGAGCGAUCAUCAUCUUCCGAUACGAUCACUACCACUCGGCCAAGAUCAAAUAAUAACUAUUUUCGGAAUGAUAGUAACAUCAAUGAAACCAAAGAGAAUCAUGUAUCCAGUGAAAGUAGUGAUGAAAGUAGUAGUAGUAGUGGUCAUGGGGAUAGCCACACUGAAAUGAAUCAAUCUAACAAUUCCGAGCCUUUGAUCACUCCUGUAAAAACAAAACGAAGGAGAAAAAAGAAAAAAGGAUUAUAUUGUUACCAGAGCUAUUUAGAUUGUCAGAGAAAAGAGAAAAAAUUAAGAACCAUCACAGAAAAUGAAGAACAAUCCUUACUACACGAUUUAAACCUAAUUUUUUACCCUAAUCAUUCACACCAUGAUGAAAUUAUGAAUUUUCCAAAAUAUCCCAAGGUCAACUAUGCACAAAAACUUGUCAAUACCACAGAAUUGGCACGAAUUCGAGCAAAAUUAGUGUUCAAAUCAGAACUUGUUCCCGCCAACAACAACACAACGACUAGUACUACAAACACUCAUCAACCUGAAACCAUUUCCAUAUAUCCACAAACGUUAUCGAAAAGCAAAAUCAUUCCUAAAAUUUUACCCAAGCCAUUGAUGCAAAGUAAAACUGCAUCCAUGACAAGUCCUUUUACAAUUCCUCAAAGAAAUCGAAUUCAGAAUAUUAUUGGAAACAACAAGACCUCAACAAGCUCUUAUCCACAAGGAUCCAAGAUUCCAACCAAUGCUUUCCCAUUCAUGCCCAUUCCUUCCAUGUUUCAAUUUUCAUCACAGCCAUCACUUUUGACCUCUCUGGCCAGAUCUCACCAUUCGUCACCAUCUCAUUAUUAUGCAUUCACACAACCACCAAGACCUCUGCCUUCUCAUUAUGUUGUUGUAGAGUCACAACAUUCAUAUGACUCUACUACAAGUCAGAACAAAGAGCCGUCAACAAUGAUGGCCACGGGUGAAAGGAUGAUGAUGCAUUCAAAUAUUACGGAGGAGGAGAUUCAGUCUGCUGACCUUACAAAUUAUAAGGUCAAUAUCGCUGUGAGAGCUGAUAUUGAUAUUACAACAGUAGCAGAUCAUAUCGAUCAUAUUCCAUCUAAAAAGAUUCCAUAA